UAUCUUUAUUACGUUGUCUCAUUAACUUUGAUUUUUGACUCAUUUUUUGCAAAAAUUUGGGUCGACGACAUAUCUCAUUUUCUCUUCCACCCGGAAGGACACUAUCCGACUUACUGAAAACGAGGCUACAAGGACACCGGAAGUAAGAUGAUGGCCGCUAACACUUCCGUACCGGUCUUGUUUGCCUUUCUAAUCUUUCCUUCCGCGGGGAUUUUGCAAUGCAUUUGUGAACCAAUUAUUGAUCACGAGGUGACCUUAUGGAAGCAAGGUGACAUUGGCGUCAACACCUAUCGUAUCCCCAUCAUAACGUCCCUUCCCGAUGGAUCUCUCAUUGCAAUGUCAGAAGGAAGGAAGCACAGUUCUGCCGACUCAGGACCAAAAUUUCUUGCAAUGCGCCGUUCUAAAGAUCAAGGGAUAACAUGGAGCAAUACAACCUUCAUUGAAGACGACGGCGAGGACCCUGAUGGCCUUAAUCUGGGCACAGUGUUUGUGGAUGAAGACGCAAAUCGCGUUUUCGUGGUGUAUUCGUAUUGUGCCCACAAAUGUGUGUAUCACACUACAUAUCUGAUUAGUAGCGAUGACUUUGGAGACACCUGGAGCAAGCCGUCAAACCUCUCAGACCAGAUUGGCACGUCCCUGUUCGCCCCUGGACCGGGCUUUGGUAUACAGAAAAAACAAGAUCCCCACAGGGGACGGCUUAUUACAUGUGGUCAUGCCUCCCCCGGACACGAUGGUGUUUUCUGCAUCGUCAGCGACGAUCAUGGAGUCAACUGGAGGGUUGCAGGUUCCAUUCUCCAGAAUGGUGAAUUUGAACCGGACGAAUCUCAGCUUAUCGAGUUGUAUGACGGUACUUUGUUAAUGACCUCCCGAAACCAGCAGAGUUUUCACUGCCAUUGUCGCAUCAUGUCCAAGAGUUAUGACGGAGCAGAAUCAUUUGCUCAUUCCGAUAUCUACUUCGACGAAACUCUGAUAGACCCAGUGGUGGCCGCCAGCUUGCUGCAAUACAGAAACACGGUAUACUUCUCCAACCCAGCCAGUAAACUACUCCGUAUAAACAUGACUGUCCGCUGGAGUGGUGACAAAGGCACAUCAUGGGUGGGAUCUCUAGGAGUGUGGAAAGGCCCUAGUGGAUAUUCUUGUCUCACCAACGUUCCUGGCAAGCUGGCAAACGACACUUUCAUUGGCUUGGUGUUUGAGAAAGGAAACAUUCGCUACUACGAGAGUAUUGUAUUCGUUAGGCUGCGAGUGUAAGCAUUUUUUCACAGAUC